CUUUAAAAUGGGUGGCUGCCAGAGUAGAUCAAAGACUGAUAAAGCGAUUGUAAAGAACGAGCAAGCUAUAUCGAAUUCGAAAGAAGAACAUAAAGAAGUAAAACAAGUUCUGAAAAGGCAAGAAGAAGCAAAGCCAGUGAGACCUCAAGCGCCAACAAAAUAGCGAAUCCAAACCCCACCAUGUUACCUCUAAAGGACAACAGCAAACUGUCAUCAAGAAUGAAGGAAUUCCAGGAGCCAUUCCUCCAGAGCCAACACAGUUCGUCAUGGAAAUCAAUGAAAGCUCUCAGCCAGCUCCAGCUAAGCCAGAGACACCCAGCGAAACAGUUGAGCACAGCAAACAGCCUGCUCCAGUUGAAAGCAAUCCUGAACCAGCAGUCAUCAAAGUUGAGGAAGACCACAAAGCAGAACAGUCGCCACCAGCACAUCCCGAGCACAAUGAUGAUGCACAACACAAUCAUGACGACCAACUCAAGCAAGAGUCGAAGCCAGAGUCUCCGAAAGCUGAAUCUGACAAGUCUGACAAGCAGGACUCAGUACACGAACAAGAACAUAAAGAUGAGGGUAAGGAAGACAAGCCAGAUGCUCAGUCUGAAGCAAAGUCAGAUACUCCAGCUGAUAAAGAGCAAAGUCAAAAGCAAGAUGAGCCAGAUGAACCAGAAGAGCUAGAAGAGAAGAAACAGGAUGAGCCCGAAGAGUCGCAUGAGGAGCCAAAAGAGGUCCCUCAUGAAGCCUCUGACAAAGACCAGCAUGAGGAACAACCACAGGAUGAACAGCUUGAUGCUUCACAAGAACCUGAACAGCCUGAGAAAUCAGAAGAUAAGCAAGACAAGCAAGAAGAACCAGAUAAUGAAGAUGUGAAUGAAGAAGCCAAGCAAGAACCAACUGAAGAACAACAAGAACCAGUCGAAGAACCAGCACAUGAGUCAACAGAAGAACCAGCAGAAAGCAAACCUGCAGAAGACUCUCAGCAAGACCCAGCUCCUGAAGAACAUGCUUCAGAGCAAGACCACAAGUCCGAGACUCAUGAAGACAAACAACAUGACUCUCAUGAUGAGGCUCAGGAAGCAGCACCAGAUGAGUCUUCGCAAGCUGAUGACAAACAAGAUACUCAAUCUCAAGCUCAAGAUCAACAAAAAUCUGAGUCUAAUCAUGAAGAGGACAAACAUCAAGACCACAAACAAGCAGAGUCUUCUAAGGCUGGAUCAGAGCACGGAGACCAACCCGAGGCAUCCACUAAAAAGGUAGAAGACAUUGAAGAGGUGCCCCAAAAGAACAUAAGCAAUACAUCAGAGCCAGAGAGCAGGAACAAAGUGAUAUCAUAUGAAGAAUCAACAAAGAAGGAAGCAGAGGAAGUAGGAGAGGCUCCUAAGGAAGCCGCUGUCGAAGAAUAAGCA